AAAUAAUCCCUUCAUGCUUAUUCCACGAUUUUAAUGAAAUGCUUAAUAUUGCACAGACCUCAGGAGGGCACCUCAUUCCCUCUUUGCACUCCUAACAACCUUUGACGUAAUGAGGAGAUACAAGCUGAUUUAAAAAAUACUUGCAGGAAGAAGGAUGGGGGAAGCUGUGCUUUGCAUUGUGGGUGUUGUAGUCUUUCUGCCGACCGCCUGCCUAGGCAGUUUGAGGAAGCUGGACUCUAAGUCCCAUAGCUCCCACUAGAGCCUACCGCACAGGCUCAGAGACCGUAUGGUAGGAGGUGGUGACUACGUUGUGUCUAUUGUAUGUAUUGUUUUUUUUCCCCCUGGCAUUUUGUACAUUCCACAGUAGAUUUAAAUCCGGAGUGAAAAGCAUGGCAGAUGAGCAAGAGAUCAUGUGCAAACUCGAGAGCAUCAAGGAGAUCAGGAAUAAGACUUUACAGAUGGAAAAAAUAAAGGCACGACUGAAAGCAGAGUUUGAAGCCCUGGAAUCUGAGGAGAGGCACCUGAAAGAAUACAAACAAGAAAUGGACCUGCUGCUGCAAGAGAAGAUGGCACAUGUGGAGGAGCUGCGUCUGAUCCAUGCUGAUAUUAAUGUGAUGGAGAAUACUAUCAAGCAGUCUGAGAAUGAUCUCAAUAAACUCUUGGAAUCAACUCGUCGCCUGCAUGAGGAGUACAAGCCCCUAAAGGAGCAUGUGGAUGCUCUGCGAAUGACACUGGGCUUGCAGAGGCUGCCAGAUUUAUGUGAGGAAGAGGAGAAACUGUCCCUUGACUACUUUGAAAAGCAGAAAGCAGAAUGGCAGACAGAACCACAGGAGCCUCCCAUCCCAGAGUCUCUGGCUGCAGCUGCAGCAGCUGCCCAACAACUGCAGGUGGCUAGGAAGCAAGAUACCAGACAGACAGCAACGUUCAGACAACAGCCACCUCCAAUGAAGGCCUGUUUGUCCUGUCACCAACAAAUACAUCGGAAUGCACCAAUUUGCCCGCUCUGCAAAGCAAAAAGUCGAUCUCGGAAUCCCAAAAAGCCCAAAAGGAAACAGGACGAAUGAAACUCAGAAGACUGCUGAGCAAAGUGUGACCUUCUCCAAUACCAUUCCAGUAGAACUGUAAAUGUGGCCAGACUUUACUGAAGUACAGACACAAGUACGACCAAUCUAUUGUUUUCUAUCAAUGCAAUGUAAGCACAAUGUUCCUGUUCUGUUUUAAUUUUGUUCUGAUUCUUAGGAUGUUUUAGGAAAAUAAGUAGUAAUGGUGCUACGGUUUAAUGUUUCUAUCAUUCUAUUUUUUGGAUUCCUAAGCAAUAUAGAAUUCUUCUUAAUUCUUA